CAGCUGAAAACACGCGCUGAAUGGAGGCGAUUUCGCCCUUCAAACUUCGAGUAGUACGCGAAUUUGGGAAUAGUUUAAUUAUAUUAAUUAAAUGACACAUUAGUGGUUGCGUGUGUGGAAUGACAUGUAAUUGUGUGAUGGCCGAGUUUUUCCUUAAUUUGUGGGACCUUGAUAAUGCUUAUAUUUCUAUAGAGUGCCUGCUGAGCGGGUAGGAUGCGGCGGUAUGCACUGCACGACGGCCGUGUUACUCAUGGGCCUGCUUACGAACGCGGCCGUUGAAAUAACACCGACCACAGGAGCUACUGAAGCAUCUACAACAAAUAGCCCACCGCCAACAGUUUUCCGCAAUACAAUGACAACAAAGACACGACCGGGUACAAGACGGAAGUCUGGCUCUCCGAUGCUUAACUACAUAUUCGACUCCUACGCAACAAGCAAACAACAUUUUCAUGAUACAUUAAAAGCACCAUCGUUCGAAGGAGAUUUAAGCUCGGAGACAAUCAUGGAUGCUGACACAGGGUCAACCGUGCUCUUUGAUUGCAAAGUCUCCUCUUUGAGAGACAAGACGGUAUCCUGGCUAAAAGUCUCAGAUGAAAAUAACUUGGAACUAUUGACGUUAAACUUAAUAACUUACACAGCUGAUUCAAGAUACAAAGUAGAUUUGGCUGGAGAGAUUUGGAAGCUAUCAUUAUCAGAUGCAAAAUCUAAAGAUUCUGGAGUGUAUUGGUGUCAUGUGUCUACUCAUCCCCCUAUGUUAAGAGUUUUUAGACUUCAAGUACAUGCACCAGAUAUGAAAAUCAGCAAAGAGACCUUUUUAGAAACUGGAGAAACUCUAUCCCUUAAGUGUAUGGUUUUUAAUUUGGACCCUGGAGACGUGACACCCGAGCUCUUCUGGUACAGGGGUAAUAAUACCACCGCUUUGGAUGAGGUUCGAGGAGGCGUUUUGGUGGAAACUGAUCAACUAACAUUGACAAGUCAUCUUCAGGUGGCUCAACUCAAACUUGAAGACGCUGGUAACUACACAUGUGCCCUGGAAGCUCCUUUGCACAUGAGAGCAACCACAAGAGUUCACGUAUUACAAGGUUCAAGCUUGGCUGAGCUGCAAAGCGGCGUAAAAACCACAACAAGCUACAUAAGCCUCCUCGUGACGUCAUUAUUAAUUGUUCUAGGAGCACGACACCAUGACGUAAGGUGACCUAGUUAGAUAUAAAAUACAUUCAAUGGAUACGGAACGCUAGAAUUUUUAUGGGAACAAGUUAUUGUAAACAGUGCGUUUGAAGGAUUCCAAAUUCAAAUUGAACUACAUUCGUAAUUCUAAAUUCAAAAUAAUUCUAACAUACCAAAUAUUGUAAUAGACAAGUGACAACUAUUGUUUUUUAGUAGUCUAUGAACCACUUAUUCAUAAAACCUGAAUCAGUUUAAUUGAACUCUUUAAACUUGAAGUAGUAUUUCGUAUCUGUCAUAUUUUGUUUACGCUGAGAUGGAAAGAAACAUACAUAUACAUAAUAUGUAAUUUAUUAUAUUAUGAAUAAGGGGAUGUAUUUAAUAAAAAUCACAACCAAUGCAUAUCGGAUGAUUUUAACUGUAAUAAACAACACAUCAAUUUGCCUAGUGAAUGGAAAACGUUAAUUGUCGAUACUAUAUAAUCGAAAUAUACUUCAAACGCAUUACAAGUUUUGAUUAUUGAUUGGAGUAAGUACACAAAUAAAAGGUUUAAAGCCUACGACAUAAUGUAUUUAAGAAUACUUAGUCAUAUCAGAAUAAAUAAUUUAAAGUUUUGUAUAGCUAAGAUAAGAAAUGCUUUUAAAAAUAGAACAGUAUAAACAUAAAUAGUCAUAUACUUUUUGUUUUGCCUCUUCGAUAUCGGUGUCUUUCACGUGUCUACGUGGCAUAAUAAUAACUCUUGAAAAUUUAAAGAGAAAUACGAUUAUUGAUGAUGAACUGGCGAUGUGUAUGCGUCAUGUGUCGUGAAGUCACAGGUGUGUAAUAAUUGGUUAUAGUACUAUUAUGUACUUUGUUAGCUCACUUCACUUACCUUAAUAAUGUGAUUAUAUUCAUAUUAAAGAGCC